AAGCGAGGUCGCCCGGACCUGAGCGUCCACAGCGCGGGCCGCAGCCGUCACCCCCCUACCCGACCCCACCCGGUCUCGGGGGGCCGCCCCGUGCCACCCCGCCGCAAACUGACCACUGUGGCACACGCGGGUCAGAUGGGCUGCUCCCCACGGGUUGUCAGAAGUGGGGUGCAGACCCGAGUGGCCGCGGGGCACAGCGGGGAUAGCAGAGAGACCUGGCCCAGCCCUUCCUGCACGCUGCUCUUCUGCACGCAGACCACGGGCGCUGCAGCCUCAGCUUCCUCACUGGAGAAAAGGGUUAAUGAUAGCUGUCUCCCAGGGCUGCUGACCUCCAUACCAGAUCCUAGCGUGGCAUCUGUAAUUGCUGAGUACUUGACAGCCAUGUAAUUAAGAUGAUUAGUACCCAUGCUGAGUCGGAAUGGGGUGGGUUUCUGGAGGAGGUGCUGUAUGAACUGAGAAUUGAGGGAGGAGGGAGAUUUCAGUUGGGAGAUUGGGCAGAAGGGUGUUCCAGCCUAAAAAAAAUGUUUAGGGAACAGAAUUAAGAGUGAUAGAUAUCUGGUCCUGCCCAGGGGUUCCUUCCUUUUCAGGGUAAACCCCUGGUCAGUGAGCUGCUGGGGAAGUUAGGAGCAUAGACAGUGCCUUCGGGAAACAGCAUCCCUGUCUUUCUGUUUUUAAACCCAGAGGAGUGAGACGGAGGGGUGUUUCAGACGGGACAAGGUGUUGGGCCAGUGGUGCUGGCUGGUGGAAAAGAUAUUUUUGGGUAGAAUGUUGAGAUGGUUCUUUCUCUUCUAGUGGGGGAAUUAAAAAGGUCCCUAGGUAGUGUAAAUAGUUUGCACUCAACUACUAACCUAAAGGUUGGCAGUUUGAACCCGCCCAGCAGCAUCACGGAAGAAAGGCCUGGCAAUAUACUUCCUUAAAGUUUACAGUCAAGAAAACCCUAUGGAGCAGUUCUGAUCUUUAACACAUGGGGUUGCCAUAAGUUGGAACCGAUGCUACAGCACCAGGUUUGGUUUUGGUUUGUCAAAAUUAAAGGUGACAGAGCUGAGAGGUCCCAGAGCUCAAGGGAUAAAGAAAUCAGCCAAAAAAGGGGUUGGGAAGAGGGGGGUGGUGGAAAAAAGUUUGAAAAGCAGUGUUUUUCAGUGGCAUUUCCAUGUCAAUCUAUCUCAUUCCCCCUGCCGUCCCCGCAGUUCUUGUUACUAGUUGCCACUGAGAUGGCUCCUACUCAUGGUGACCCCAUGUACAAUGAGACUGGACUGUUACAUUCCAUAGGGUUUUCAUGGGCUGAUUUGUAGAAGUGGAUUGCCAGGCCUUUCUUCCUAGUCUGUCUUAGUCUGGAAGCUCCACUGAAACCUGUGCAGCUGGAUCAUAGCACCACAAAGCCCCCACUGACAGCUAGGAGGUGGCUGUGCAUGAGCUGCCUUGGCUGGGAAUCGAACCCAGGUCUCUCACAUGGAAGUGUGGAUGAGGCGCAGGAGGAAAUGGUCUUCCGAGAAGUGGUCAGCUUCUCCCCGGACCCUUUGCCAGAUAGGUAUUAUGACAAGGACACCACCAGUCCCAUCAGCUUUUACUUGUCUUCUCUGGAGGAGCUCUUGGCCUGGACACCCAGCGUGGACGAUGGCUUUAAUGUGGCCCUGGAGCCCCUCGUGUGCCGCCAGCCCCCUCUGAGCAGCCGGAGGCCCCGGACUCUGCUGUGCCAUGACAUGAUGGGCGGGUACCUGGACGACAGGUUCAUCCAGGGCUCCACAGUGCCCAGCCCCUACUCCUUCUACCACUGGCAGUACAUCGACAUCUUCGUGUACUUCAGUCACCACUUGGUCACUAUCCCCCCGGUGGGCUGGACCAACGCUGCCCACAGGCACAGCGUCUGCGUGCUGGGGACCUUCAUCACCGAAUGGAGCGAGGGCGGGAAGCUCUGUGAAGCCUUCCUGGCAGGGGACGAGCGCUCCUACCGGGCUGUGGCUGAUCAGCUGGUCCGCAUUGCCCAGUUUUUCCGCUUUGAUGGCUGGCUCAUCAACAUCGAGAACUCCCUGAGUCUGGCCGCUGUGGGGAACAUGCCCCUGUUCCUCCAGUACCUGACUGCAGAGCUGCACCGGGCAGUGCCAGCUGGCCUGGUGCUCUGGUACGACAGCGUUGUGCAGAGCGGGCAGCUCAAGUGGCAGGACGAACUCAACGAACACAACAGGGCCUUCUUCCAGGCCUGCGACGGCUUCUUCACCAACUACAACUGGAAAGAGGAGCACCUGGAGCGGAUGCUGGCGCAGGCUGGGGAGCGCCGUGUGGACGUGUACGUGGGGGUGGACGUGUUCGCCCGCGGCAACGUUGUCGGGGGCCAGUUCAACACGGAUAAGUCGCUGGAGCUGAUCCGAAAGCACGGUUUCUCGGUGGCCCUGUUUGCUCCCGGCUGGGUAUACGAGUGUUUGGAGAAGAAGGAUUUCUUCCAGAACCAGGACAAGUUCUGGAGCUUGCUGGGACGCUACCUGCCCACGCACAGCGUCUGCGUCCUGCCCUUUGUCACAUCGUUCUGCUUGGGCCUGGGAGCCCGGAGAGUCUGCUACGGACAGGAGGAGGUGGUGGGGCCCUGGUACCACCCUGGUGCCCAAGAGCUACAGCCCUUGUUUGGGGAACACCAGCUGGAGGGGGAUGGCCGGGGCUGGGUGAAGACCCACUGCUGCCUAGCUGACGCCUGGAACGGGGGCAGCUCCCUGCUCACCCGGGGGGCCAUCCCCCCCGAGGUGGGACACGUGGCUGUGAGGUUGUUCUCCCUGCAGGUCCCCAUGCCACCUAAGGUGUUCCUGUCCCUAGUGUAUAAACUCGAGGGGCCCACGGCAGUCACCGUGGCUUUGGAGCUCAGCACGGGGGACGCCAGCAGCUGUCACAUUGGUAGCAUCUCAGCAUUGAACGAGACAAGCCAGAGGCGUAGCGCCCGGCCCCUCCGUGUGCCCCCUGCGAAGCUGGCCAGGUGGACCAACCGAUGUGGCCAGCAGUUCAGCGGGGGCUGGGUCCAGCGCUGCUACGAGGUAAGCCUGCGGGACUGCCUGCUGCAGGACCUCUUCAUCAGCUUUUCCCGGCCCCUGGGCAGCCACCAGGAGGAGACCUUUGUCUGUCGCCUUGGAGAGAUCCAGGUGGUGGACGCCAAGAGCCUGCUGAGCCCCCUGCCCGAGGUGCAGGCUGUCACCAUCUCCCAUGUCCGCUGGCAGCUGGCUGCCUCUGAGCCCGAGGGUCCCCCUGCGCCCACAUGGCUCCAACUCAGCUGCACCCUGCACUGGGCCUACCCACUCUCGCAGGUCCGCUGCUUUUGGAUCCACUGCUGGAGGGGGCCAGGGGGCAGCCCCGGCAGUGGGCAGUCGCCAGGCCCGGAGAAGCCUGCUUUCCUGGGCUUGGCUUUCACCAACCAGUACCGGGUAGUGGACCUGCUAGUGGCCGACAGAGGGCCUGGCCGGGAUGGCCGCGUGGAUUUCCUGGUACAACCUGUCCCCAGGGAGGGGCUCUUGGUGCCACAGGCUGAGUGGGGUCGGGUGGCCCUGCUCUACACCAGCUCUGCACGUGGUGGACAUUAAACACAGUGGUCUCUG